AUGUGCGACAAUGUUGAUGGAUUUCGUGAUAAACUGAGUGAAGUUCUUCGUCGUGAACAUUCUCGAGACGCACAAACAGACGCAUUUCGCGUUCUUCUAAAUGUUCCAUUACAUGCCAUUGAAACGCGAAAGCCAAGGUGGUGUAUGAUGCCUUGGAGGAAAGCACAACAUAAGGCAAUGCUCAUCAUUGUGGAUGCUUUGGACGAAAGCCAGACGGACACCAAAAGCGAGUUUUUGGAGUUGAUAUCAGAGAAAUUUCCGCAAUUACCAGAAUGGAUUAAGAUAUUCAUUACGAGUAGACCAGAGCUACAAGUACGGAACAAACUUCAACAUUUAAAUCCCAUGGAAAUUCGUUCUGACGGCCCCCAUCACAAUCUCGACUUAAAGCAUUUCAUUCCCCAAUGUUUGCCGGACCUGAGUGAAGGUAAUGUAAACUUUUUUAUUUCGAAGUGUGAGGGUUCGUUUCUGUAUGCUUAUUACUUAGUCAAUGAAAUAAAAGAAAUGGACUUGGGAAUUGAACCCAACCUAAGUGAUGUUGCGCCCAAAGGUAUUUCUUGGUUUUACGAAAAACAGUUCAAAAGUUUGAGAACAGGCCUCCAACGUUUUAACUCAGAUACCUGGUCCUCGAUCUUAAAAAGUUUUGUAAACGUUAUUGCUGCUUCAAGGGCGCCCCUUCCAAUGAAGAUUUUGGUUGAAUGCAUGGGUAUGUCCAGUGAGAAGUUUGAAGUACGUGAGAAGAUCAUUCAAAUAAUGUCAGAGGUUCUACCUGUUUACGAAGGUUGCUUGACUGUUUACCAUAAGUCAUUAUGGGAUUGGCUAAUAUUAGAUGAGUACGAUGAGCAUGCUUUUGUAGCCAACGUUGCAGGCGGCAAGAAACUUCUCACGAGUGCUUGUAAGAGUAUAUAUAGCGAUAUAACUUCUUUAGGAUCAGUUUCUGAUUUUCAAAUGUCGUCUGAGACAAGGUAUGCUUUGAAUGGUGAGAACCUUUUGCUGGAUGUUGGUGACACGGAGGAUUUUCACUGGUUGGUGAAUGUUAGAGUGAAUUAUUUAAAAUAUAAAGUUCCUGGCCUGAAUAUUGACGUUGCCCAUGUUCUUAGAAUCUGUAAGUCUAAUCUUUCUGAUCCUAGUUUUUGGGCGAUUAUUCAACUCCAUGCUAUCUUGAGAAAUUUUCCACACUUCUACUCUCCUGAACGCAUGAAGAAAUGUUACAUUUAUUUGCAAUCUUUUGCGAACCGUGAUUAUGAUGUUUUGCAAAUGAACAAUAAUGAUAAAAACGAAGCUAGAAAUAUCUUAGAUAAAAGAAAGGAGGCUUGGCUGGAAAAAGUGAGACAUGAAUGCAAUUCUAAAUUAAAAGUUAUUUCACAUGCCGUGUUUAAUAUUGACAAGUUAUCUUCCGGUCACCUGAAGUUCACAGCAUUAUCACGAGAAAAUAAGCUACUUGCAUGCGCUGGGCGUAGGAAUGAAGUAUUUACUUUACCAAGGCUUACAAUAUUUUUCCAAAUAGAAUUAAGCAACAGACGUUCGCCCGAAUUUCUUAUAUUUUCUCCAGACUCUUCGUAUCUUUUAUUCGAUUCAGUCAGGACAUGCAUCUCAAUUAGAGACCAAAAAGAAGUUCUGUUUAUUCCGCAUGGCCCUAGACGUUUUGAUUGCUGCUCAUUUUCUUCAUGUGGCAUGAAACUAGUUACGUUGGAAAAAGACUUUAUUAAAUUGUGGGAUGUGAGAACUAAAGUUCUUUUAGUAGAAGUUGACAACGUGAUUAAAGCAAAAUAUUGUUGCUUUAGUAAAUGUAACUCAUACAUUCUUACUGCUGGUUGGAUGCCAUUUUCUCCCGAUAAGUCUACUUUAUUUGAUUCUAAAACGUUGGCUAGCUUAAAAGCUGGCGAAAUUUGUGGCGACACUUGUUUGACGUAUCAAGAAAAUUAUCAAAUGAUUUCACCUUCUCGUGAACAAAACUUCGGAACAAACAUUAGGAUUGACCAUGCCCACUUUCCAACUACUGAGCCAUUUCUAGUUGCAAAUAGAUACUGUUCAAAGUCUUUCAAGUGGAAAAAUAGGAAGUGUGUUAUAUUCUCAAAAUCUUCUCGAAGGGUUUCGCCUUUAGUAGUGUACGACUUUAUAAACAAAGAAAUCGUAGACGUGUUUCAUAUUAAUUGUUUUCCAACUAAUUCCCGAAUUACUCACAUAUCACAUUUUGAUGAGAAAAAUUUUCUGAUUUGCUUAAAUUAUGGACACAUAUUUCUUCUGUCGUUUGAAACUUCCUUUUGUCAACAAUGCAGAUGUUGAAUGUCGUGCAUUAUCUCCAGACAAUUCGUAUAUAGCGUGUUGUUACGAAAAUAGUGUUUUUACAGUCAGAAGUGUUAAUAAUGGAGAAACAUUGCAAACUGUUGUACUGAAACAACUACCAGUAGCUUGCUGGUGGUCAGAGUUGUAUCUUUGGGUGGUUUGUAAUGGUGUAGUCGUAAAAUAUCCUUAUGAUUCAACACAAAGAAAAGUCUUGGGUAACGAGCUUGAGGAAUACACUAUAAAUUUUGAUGUGGUCCUUAUAUUUGCAAACGAUUUUCUGGUCAUUCGCUAUGAUGAGAAAAUCUCCAUUUUAAAAUAUUGUAAAGAAAAGCUUUGUCCUCAACAUAUAUCUGAUUUGCAUUCUUUUCUCGAUUCUGCUACAAUAAGUUCUGAUGGGUGUGCUGUUCUGUUAUAUGGCAAGUAUAAUUCAAAUUAUCAAUUGUGGUAG